UAUUUCACAGACAGGAGGAACACUGGAAAUGGGGGCAGUUUCUGUGCUGUUGGUGCUGCUGGCAGUGGCUGCACAAACUGUAGCAAGGCCCAAAACCCGGUUUAUUCGCUAUCCAUCAUGGAAUACUAAGAUGUAUCCAAUUCUGAAAGAAGGUGACCCGCGAUGCAAAGACUCCUGGAAAGGUGGAAGAGUGAGUUUCAAUGUGGGAAAUGAUUCACCGACUCUCACGGGAGCCAAGGUCGGCUUCACCAUUGAGCUGGAGUUUCCUCACACCCAGAGGACGCAGCCCGGGGGAAACGUGGUCUGGAAUGAAGACUGCGUCGUCAACGGAACAAAGUAUCUUGAGUCUGAACCAGUAUACCCAGAACCCAACGGAGACUGGGAAGCUGUUUUCCCUGAUGGAACACCAAUAAAGAAAGACAAGAAGCCAGCCUACGUGUUUGUGUGGAAGACUCGGGGUCAGUACUGGCAGGUGGCAGACGGGCCGUCCUCCUCCCUCACCAUCGAUACAGACGACACCCCCCUGGGCUCCUACACCAUGGACAUCGUUAUCUACCACUACCGGAGCAAAGAGAAGUUCAUUCCUCUGGGAUACGCCUCCACGCAGUUCUCCAUCACAGAUCAGAUUCCCUUUGCUGUCUCCCUGGACCAAGUGAACGAUGUUUCGGCCCAGGACAUGCGCUUUGUGCAGAACAGAGCUAUUGCCUUCACCAUCACCCUCCAUGACCCCAGCGAGUACCUCAGCAACGCAGACAUCACCUUCAACUGGAGCUUUGGGGAUGAGAGUGGAGCCCUGAUAUCCAGAGAGCUGACCGUUACUCACACCUACAUCAACUCUGGCUCAUUCAAGCCCCAGGUGGUGAUCCAGGCCGUCAUCCCAGACAAGACCUGCAGGCCCGGGGUAGAUAACUCCACCACCUCCCCUGGUCCAGCUGAUCAGCCCACCACAUUGAAAGCACCAGCGCGGGUGUUUGGUUUGCCCAUAAUGGGUUCGUCCAAAACCACUGGUCAGAAUGUCUACACGGACACGGAGGAGGAUAACUCUGAGGGCGAAGCCUCCACCACCUCCAUCAGUCACCAUGCCGAGGACGUGCUCAAAGCCACCAAAACCCCGUCCCCCGUCAACCAGCUGCCGGCUGCAGGUGAUGCAGGGAGCAUGCUAGUAGGAGGUGCAAAGAGAACAGUGGCGCUGACAAGGCGAGCUGCUGCAGUUGAAGCUAAGCGAGAUGCCGGCGAUGACAGCUGUGCGAUAUACAGAUACGGCUCCUUCUGCACUGGCAUUGAAGUCUUUGAGGGCAUUGAAAAAGUGGAAAUUGUACAAAUGGACAACACUGUCAUGGCAACACCCAGAAUAGACACCAAUGUCUUCGACAUCACUGUUACAUGCCAGGGAAGUCUUCCAAAGGAAGUGUGCAGUGUGAUUCUGGAUGCAGAAUGCUUGAAGCCAAUUCACACUUCAUGCAACAUGGUGGAGCCCUCCAAGGAAUGCCAGCUGGUGUUGCGUCACUUUUUCAACAACUCUGGAGUCUACUGCAUCAAUGUUUCCAUGUCAAAUGAUGUCAGUUUAGCUGUCACCAGUGCCAAAGUCAAGGUUGACAUGGACUCAGGUUUGUCCUCCUCUGGCCCCAUCAUCGUGAUAUUUGGAGUCCUGGUGCUUGUUCUCACAGUGGGAAUAGUAGCAUACUCUUACAGGCGCUAUAAGUCUUACCAUCCCAUGAAGGAGGACGUUACUCCACCUGAAGGCACCAAGCUUAGCAGGGCUCACAAUGGCUCUGCAGCCUUGACGUUUUGGAAGUCUCUGAACAGACAAGGAGCCUCGGACAACUGCCCUCUGCUACACUCCUAGCUACUGUCACACUACCAGCAAAGCCAAGCACAUGAGCAACUGAUUAAAAGAAAAAAAAAGACAAAAAUCACAAGCGCCUAGAAUGGCUUUUUAUACUUUUUUAAACAUUUCUUUUGGAUUACAAAAAAAUUUGAUUUAUGAGUGAUAUUUAGGAUGAAAUCAAGCUAUAAUCUGGAAAUGUGUGGUAGACAUGCUUACUUUUUUUUGUACUUUUUGGAAUAACUUUGGAUGUGAAGUAUUUAAAUUGGACAAGAAUGUAAGUUGAACAUUUUUCAAAUAAAUGCUGUUUAAGCGUUA